GGCACAUAUCUACCCUUCCUAGUCCUUUCUGGCUCUAGAUCCCGUUUGAGCCUCGAUCUUUUCUUGGCAUAUUCAAGUCUAUUAAAGCAAUGACGCCAUUUGAGAUGCCUUCUCUAGACAUAUGCGAUCUCAAUAUUGUCCUUGGGGCGCUGGGCGCCUUAAUUGUCCUCUAUGGCCUCAUUUCAGUUAUGAUCAAGCAGGUCUGGUACCUGGGGGUAGCCCUCCCGGCAGUGGUGAUGGGUAUAGCUCUCGGACCAGUAGCAGCAAAGUUCAUUGACAGUCAGGAAUGGGGCCAUGCAGUGAAGGACCAGACGCACGAUAUCACCUUGGGCGUCACACGGGUCAUGAUCGGACUCCAGCUUGUCAUCGCAGGCUACCAGCUCCCAUCUCGCUACCUUUGGGUACGGGGGAAAGAAAUGGCGAUGUGCUUGCUCCCGAUCAUGACUAUGAUGUGGCUUGCCACUACGCUUUGUGUUCUAGCAACGACUCCCAAAUUGACCAUACUCCCCGCUCUCGUCAUCGCAGCCUGCGUCACUUGCACGGAUCCCGUUCUCUCACAAGCCAUUGCAAAGGGCCCGUUUGCCGAUAUGUUUGUUGCCCGGCCACUGCGAGAAAUCAUAUCCUCCGAGGCCGGUGCCAAUGAUGGAUUCGGGUUCCCGUUUUUGAUGAUUGCUGUCUACAUGAUGCGACACGUCCAUGAUAUAGGGGAAGAUGGAGGCACCUCGAACGAAAUUGAGCUUCUCCCUGCCGAAGGAGUUGGGCGUCUAGGCGCCGGCAUUGGCGUCGCCCUUAAGGAAUGGUUUCUUGAGACAUGGCUCUACAUGAUCUUGCUGUCUGUCCUAUACGGGGCUGUGAUUGGAUUCGGGUCUUGUAAAGCCAUUCGGUUUUGCCUCAAGAAGAAAUGGAUUGACAAUGAAUCCUAUCUUCUCUUCCCCUCUGCGUUGGGGAUGUUCAUUGUCGGUUCUUGCGGCGCAAUCGGGACCGACGACUCUUUGGCCUGCUUCGUGGCCGGGUGUGCGCUCAACUGGGAUGACCACUAUCUCAAAGAAACCGAGCGGCGCCACGACGAAGUAAACCAGGUUUUUACCGCGCUUCUAAACUUUGGCGGCUUUUUCUACAUUGGAACCAUCAUCCCAUGGGCCGAGUUCCAUGAUCCAGACGGAACUGGCCUCACUAUUGGGCGGCUUUUCCUUUUAGGCUUCUUGGUUCUGUUGUUCCGUCGGAUCCCAGCUGUUCUUGCCGCGUACAAGCUGAUGAAGCCCGUUUGCGCAAACUACAAGGAAGCACUUUUCAUGGGCUACUUUGGUCCCAUCGGUGCAGGUGCUGUCUUCUACGUCGAAUAUGCGCGCCGUUUGUUUCCUGAUAUCGGUGAUGGCGAUGCCGAGGAAACGCACCUGGUGGAGAUCCUCGGGCCAAUUGUGUACUGGCUCGUCUUCUUUUCUAUUGUUGUUCACGGCUUGUCAAUACCCGCGUUGGACAUUCUCUACAGGUACCUCGGCGUGAAGCCCAUUCACGACGAUGCCAUCGAGAUGUGGUGUUCGUCUGUCCGAGAAGCACUCCCGGCCAACGCUGCAAUGACGGGUUCCGAUACCCUUAUCGCAUAUAACCGCUUCAGUCGACCGAUUGAGGCGGUUGAUUUGCCGACUCUUGAGAGCUGGCGAAGGGGUGGGUCAUCGGCUGAUGACCCGAACACAACGGAGGAGAGAACUGAGAUGGAAGAAAAGCGGGAGGAGGGACGAGCGACCAUGCGACACGUAAUUUAGCGUCGUGAUGAACAGGGACGUGAUUUGGACAUCUGAGAGAACUUCAGACGCUAGCAUUGUUGUUCCCUCGUGUGUUUUAUUCUUUGAGCGGUCUGCUUUUCCAUGCACCAUUGGAGCCUUGGGACAUCGCGAGAGACCAAUUGCCAGGAGCAUGCGGAGUAUUAAGGGCCUCAAACGUGGCCGUGUGAGUUGUUCCUCCUAGA